GCGCAAGGACUCAACAACAACUGUUUCUUGCACUACGAAGCCACCGUGGUCGUGGUGGAUGUGGUUGAAGUUGUGGUGGUGGAUGUGGAGGUUGUGGAUGUCGAGGUUGUGGAUGUCGAGGUUGUGGAUGACGUGGAUGUGGAUGUCGAGGUUGUGGAUGACGUGGAUGUGGAUGUCGAGGAUGAGGAUGUGGAGGAUGUGGAUGUCGAGGUUGUGGAUGUGGAUGUCGAGGAUGAGGAUGUGGAGGAUGUGGAUGUCGAUGUGCUGCUAGACGACGACGUGCUGGUCGAGGUGGAUGUGGAUGUCGAGGACGUGGAUGUCGAGGUGCUGCUGGACGAGGACGUGCUGGUCGAGGACGUGCUCGUCGAGCUCUACUAUGGCAUCAAGGUCGGCUUCUAG